GUCAGACUAAGGUGGAAAGACAGGAUUGUAAAAGACCUCAAAAUGGUUGGCCUAACAAGCACCUGGUCCCAGCUUACGCAGUACAGGCAGAAGUGGAAGAAAGUCUGCUAGCAAAAUUAUCUCAAUCGUCACUUCAAGAGUAGAAUUAGAAAAUGCCCAAAGUAGUCAGAAGGCUCAUGACAGAGCCGAUCCCAGCAGAUGUCAAGACCAACAGCCUCUGCUGUGCACUACCUGCAAGCGACUGUUUAAGUCACAAACGGGGGAAAAGACACAAUUGCAACAGAGGACAAAGUCGCCUAGAUCCCUGGGAACGAGCAAAGGCCGGAAUCAAGUGCGACAGAUGCAGUCGUUUAUUCACACGAGAGAGUGACAAGAAAAGACAUAAAUGUCAUCAAUGUAUUUAGAUUUGUGACGUAUGUACCAGAUAGUGACUUCCUUUUUCUUAUGCUUUUUAUGUUUUGCCAUCAUCCAUGUGGAUGGGCAGUUGAAGGUCGAAGGUUCGUCUGGAGGUACAACCGGUGGCUGCUACAAGUGUGGCAAAACGGGACAUUUUGCCAGGGAAUGCCCCAAUGGAGACUCACAAGACAAUUCAUCAUCACGUGGUGGCGGCGGCGGCGGUGGUGGUAACUGCUAUAAAUGUGGAGAAUCUGGUCACUUUGCAAGAGACUGUCCUAGUGCUGACUCACAAGACAGUAGAGGUUCACGCGGUGGUGGUGGUGGUGGUGGUGGAAACUGCUAUAAAUGUGGUGAAUCGGGACACUUUGCAAAAGAGUGUCCAAAUCCCGAGAGUUCAAGUGGAAGUGGUGCAGGACGAGGGGGAGGAGGAGGAGGAAAUUGCUAUAAAUGUGGUCAGACUGGACACUUUGCAAGAGAUUGUACUAAUGAAGACAGUCAAGAAUCAGGAGGAUUUGGUGGAUCAAGGACAUUUCGUCCAAGACAGUCAUCAGAACAAGAUGGAGAAGUCAAGGCAGACAGACCUUCACCUUAUGUUCCUCCUGCACCAUCUGAAGAUGAAGAUAAACUGUUCCAGACAAUUUCCAAAGGCAUUAAUUUUGACAAAUACGAUUCUAUUCCUGUGGAGGCAACAGGAAGAGACGUUCCACCUCACAUCACUGGGUUUGAUGAUUCCAACAUUCAUGAAACCAUAAAGGAAAAUAUUAGAAAAUCGAACUAUGAGAAGCCAACUCCUGUACAGAAAUAUGCUAUUUCAUCAGUGUUGGCUAAUCGAGACCUGAUGGGAUGUGCACAAACAGGAAGUGGAAAAACUGCGGCCUUCUUAAUUCCUAUUAUAACUCGGAUGCUGAACGAAGGUUUUUCAGGCAGUUAUUUGGAUGUCAAACAAACACCUCAGUGUGUUUGUAUUGCUCCAACUCGAGAGCUGGCAAUUCAGAUCUACAAUGAAGCUCGCAAAUUCUCACACGGUACGUCACUGCGAGUCGUCGUUGUGUAUGGAGGCACAAGUGUAGGUCAUCAGCUGAGACAAGUAGAGCAAGGAUGCCACUUACUUGUUGCAACACCAGGAAGACUAACUGACUUUGUGAACAGAGGAAAGAUUGGUUUUGAGAAGGUUCGUCAUCUUAUAUUGGAUGAAGCUGAUCGUAUGUUGGAUAUGGGAUUUGAGCCUGAAAUUCGUCGUAUUGUGGAGUCAAUGGGUAUGCCUGGGAAGACAGAACGGCAAACUCUCAUGUUCUCGGCCACAUUUCCUGAAGAAAUCCAAGUUCUUGCUCAGUCUUUUCUGGACGACUACAUCUUCCUGACUGUAGGACGUGUAGGAGAAACAAGCUCAGAUAUUGAGCAGCAUGUUGUACAGCUAGGAGAAUACGACAAGAGAGACAAGCUCUGUCAGUUGUUAACUGCAGAAGGCAAGAACAGAACUCUUGUGUUUGUGGAAACGAAACGAAAUGCCGACUUUCUUGCCAGUUUUCUGUCACAGUCGGGAUUCCCAACCACUAGCAUCCAUGGUGAUCGUUUCCAAAAAGAACGUGAGGAAGCACUUGAGGACUUUAAGUCGGGAAAGUUGCCUGUUUUGGUAGCUACAGCAGUGGCCGCCCGUGGGUUAGACAUCGCUGAUGUAAAGCAUGUCAUCAACUAUGACAUGCCUUCAGCAAUGGAGGAGUACGUCCACAGGAUAGGGAGGACGGGACGUAUUGGAAACCAAGGAAGGGCGACAUCAUUUUUUGAUGUAGCACGAGAUGCUCAUCUUGCAAGAGGACUCGUAGAUAUAAUGUCCAAGGCACAGCAAGAAGUACCAGAUUGGCUUGAGGAAUGUGCUGAGGGAGCUAUUGGUUCUAAUUUUGGACCACAAGGAGGCCGCUUUGGGGCUAGGGAUACACGACAGAGGGGAGGCUACAGUGGUGGCAGCAGGGGAGGCUACAGUGGUGGCAGCAGGGGAGGCUACAGUGGAGACAAUGAGGGGUUUGGGUCUGUACCUACAGGAGGAGAUGAUGACUGGGACUAGACGUUGAAGAAGAGAACUGUGAUACGAAUGACUAGUACAAUGAUGUUGUGUUGAGUGAUUCAUAAAUGCUGUUAGUUGAUCUGCGUGCAUCUGGUUGAUUACCCUUACAGUCAAUCAGUGAGACAGACUUUGUUAGGAUUAGUCAUAUUUUCUGGUUAACUAGAGUUGGAGAGCUAUACGAAGGAGUUACAAAAUUAGUAAUGGCAACAAAUCGUUCUCAAA